AUGAAGCUCCCAGCUGCUCUCUCCGCCGCCCUGCUGGCCGUCUCUGCCACCGCACAGUUUGACAAAAACCUCCCAUGGGGUAAACGCGACUAUGCCUGCAUCAACGUCUACCAGGGCAUUCCCGACCAUUCCACCGUCGCCCCUGGAGCUGAAGUCACCCUGAAGUUUAACCGUGCACCCACCGGGCGCUGCGACUCGGGCCUCUCCCAGUACCCAGGCACUCCCUACGCCGUCUGGCUGUAUAACAACCCCGUCCGCAACCGGGACGUGGUGUCAUGGGACGAGAGGGUCAAAAUCACCGACGGGGUGAGCGAGCACGACGGCGAAGUGACGAUUACCGUCCCGGAGGAUUUGCCCACGGUGAAUGACGACUCCGUUUGGUAUUUGAGGGUCGACACCGUCCUUUCUACGGCGCCUCAGAUGCCGAGUCUGUUCAAUGCUGCCGGACCGUUUGCUAUUCGAGAGUAG